AUUGAUGAGGACAAGCUGAGGCUUCAGUUAGAAAAGGCGGAAAUGGAGUUGCAGAGAUCAGCACAGUUUAACGAAAACUUGAACCACUUGUGGAAUCAAGUGCAAGAUGUACGUGAGAACCAAAGGGACACGGUGCUGACGGAAAAAUGGGCUUUAACAAGCGAAAAGGACGUUCACGCAAUAUCUGAAAUAUUGAGCAGUCAGCAUGAUGGUUUAGCGCACGUUAUUUCAAUAUGCCAUUCGGACAUGAAAGACCUGGAUGCCAUGAUUAGUGGUGUCAAUGCCAAGCUGAGCCAAACUGUUGGACAAUAAUGACUUUGAUGGUAUCUGAUGAAAUUAAAAAAACAUUUAACCUAAGUUUCAACAAUACAAGCUUUAUGCUUGAAAUGCUGAAGGCAGACUUUUUUUUUUUUACAAUCUCUCAGCUAACAGUUUAUUUCAUUUGUAUUUACUCGGCAUUUGAGCCCAAUCAACUCCAACCUCAUACUUGCAUAUUACCAAUCCUGCUAUGCAGACUCUUAUGCUGUUGUGCAUAACGAGGAACAGAGUUUCAGCCAAUUAACUUUGAUUUCAAUAGCAACAGCUGGCUUCCGUCACACAGCCAUAGAACUCUUAAGGCCUGUCGUGCACAGGGUGCGCCAGACAUUGGGCCAAUCAAGCUCCACUUUACAGCCAACUUUCUGUCACGCAGUCGUUGCACACCACAGAAGGACAAGAGUUUCAACCAAUCAAAUUACAACCUUGACCUUGUAGAACCCUUUGUAAAUGCAGACGGAUCGAUUUCACACGCAGAAGACCAG